GAAUCCUCCUUAAAGUGGUGAAGAAUCCGCGAGCGCGAGUGAAAGAGGCCCCCCAUACGAAAUUGCGCUUACCCCUCACCCACGCAUCCCUCUGUGAUCUAUAUAUAUAAUGUGAUUUCUGCCGGAGCUGUGUGGCUACUUUAUGGGGCGUGAUGUUUCUGGUGAAGAUUGUCGUGUGUUUCCUGCUCUUUCAGCUCGUUGAGGUUGUCUAUGGGGCACGAGAGCUCCCCAUGGUCACAAUUCCCGAUCAGGGCACCCUCAUGGGCACCUACCUCAAAAUGUUUCGCAUCCAGACAGUUGUGGCCUACCUCGGGGUUCCCUAUGCCCAACCCCCCAUCAAUGAGAAUCGUUUCGCCCCACCCGUUGUUGAUAAUCUACCAACGUGGGAGGGUGUACGGAAUGCCAGCCAAUUGCCGGCAGAUUGCCUCCAGAGCGCCACAAGGACCCCAAAGAAGCAUGAGGAGGCUCUGCAGGCUAUCAUAGUGCCCCAAAGUGCUGCUGUGGGUAGUUCAAUGGUUAGCAGUGGUGGUAGUGGUAGUGGUGAUGGAGAUGUGACCACUGCAUCUCCACCGAGGCUCUACGAUGAGGAUUGUCUCUAUCUCAAUGUCUACAUUCCUGAUGCUCCUCCUCCUCCGGAUGGCUAUGCUGUAAUUGCUUGGCUACAUGGUGGUGACUUCUCAUCGGGUAGUGCCACUGAGCUCAAUCCCUUCCAACUUGUGCUCAAGCAGAAGGUCAUUGUUGUGUCCAUUGCCUACCGUUUGGGGAUUUUUGGUUUCCUCACCACGGCCGAUGGGGAAGCUCCAGGGAAUUUUGGGCUGAUGGAUCAAUCAGCUGCCCUACUGUGGGUGAAGCGGAAUAUUAAGCUCUUCGGUGGCAAUGAGGCCUCCAUCACAGCCAUGGGGCAUGCUUCGGGGGCAAUUAGUGUUGGGCUUCAUCUCAUCUCGGGUGAUUGGUCUGAGGGACUCUUCACGCGUGCUAUUAUGAUGUCAGGCAGCCCACUUCUGGAGACAAAUGUCCGCGAAGCGAAAGCCUAUGGAAGUGCCCUGGAUAGAACAGCAAAGACUUUUGGGUGCUUCCGGAGGCCAACGUCGAAACUCAUCAACUGCCUGCGGAAUGUCCCAGCGCAGAUUCUUGCUGAUAGUGCUCCUGUGAAUGAUUGGGGGCCGGUGAUUGAUGAUGGGUUGAGUAAUCAAACUACACCAUUUGUGCCGGAUGCCCCAAAGGCACUCGUGGAACGAGGGCAGAUCCACAAAGUCCCACUCAUGAUUGGCUUCACCGACAUGGAGGAAGUGCUGGAGCUGGCUGUUGGGGAUAUUCUCACCGAGGGAAUUUCCAGUGAGAUGUACGACACACUUCUGGGCGACAUGGUUCUCAAUGAACUCUCCCAGUUUGAAUCAAAUGAUUCCUGUGCUGGCAACAAUCAGAUUGUGAUAGAUGCCGUGAAUUUCGUGUACAAACCCUACCCGCCCACGAUGGAGCCAACAGUUCUGCGGAAGCGCUUCAUUGACUUCAGUACGGAGAAGAAGUUUGCAGCACCAGCAAUCUCCCUGGCAGCUGCAAUGAGUCAGAAGAAGGGUGAUGUCUUUGCCUAUCGCUUCGACAUGAAAGCCCGUUCUGCGGGAGUUCUCGAGGGUGUUCCCGAGUGGGUUGGUGUGCCCCAUGGAUUUGAUGCUCUCUUCGUCUGGGGACUCCCCUACUGGGCACAGCUUCCGUCAGGGGCGCAGUGGGAUCGUGCUGAUAAGCAAAUUGCCGAGAUUAUCAUGACACUCUGGGCGAAUUUUGCAAAAUUCGGCAAUCCCACCGAGAUGGGGGUGUACAUAAAGUGGGAGAAAUUCACAGCAGACUCCCCGGGGAUCCUCAUUGUGGAUCGUGCCUUCAAUAUGAGUGAUCGCUCAAACAUGAACUACGGCUCAGUGCAAUUCUGGAAUGAGUACUACCCCAAAGUUGUCACAUUUGCCAGUCAGUGCUGCAAUGCAACCAAUGUUGCUGCAUCCUGGCACACGGAUAUCCCCCGGGAGGCCACGGGGAUCCUCCUCUUGGCACACUUUGGCAACUUCCUGGCCACACUCAUUGCUAGGACGUAGUGGGAGGCCUCCCCCUCAUACGUGUGGGGUAUGUAAAUAGCAAAUCAGCAGGUGAGAUCCCUUCCUGAAUCCCUCCCUCACGUGGACUCUUUUCUUGAAGCCCGGGAAAAUUUAUUUGAAUUUUCUUUCUUUAACAAUUCCUCUAAUUCUUUGUUUUUUUUUAGCUGGAUAAUUUUUUCUUUUUCCUUCAAAAACUUUAAAAGGGAAAUUUUAUUGCUAUUUUACUGACCACACCACCUGCUUGGAAAACUUCCUUUUGCGAGCUUUAAGAGCUUUAAUAAGAGGUGUUUCAAAAUGUGAAAUUAUGCUUCCCUCGACGAGUGACUUUUAUGUGCUGUAAAAUCAGAGACAUUUCCUUACCCCAUUCUACCUGCAUUUGAGCCCUUUCACCCCAUUUGGGGGCAAUGUUUUGAAGGAAUUUAUUUUUCUUUUUCAACGUUUUAAGAAAAUAUAUCAAAAAUUCGCCUAAAAAACAACGAAAAAUCAUUGAAAAUUUUAUAUUUUUUUCUCUUUUAAAAUAAAUUUAUAAAGAAAGCUUAAUUCUCUUUAUUUUAAAGGCAACUUCAAAAAAGCUCAAAGUUUAAUGUUUUCCCUUUUGCAUACUUAAGAAAAUCAAGGAAUGAGUCCACGUCUUUCUUUCUUACUAAAAAACAAUUUCUUGCACCCUCAUUUAGAGAUAUAAAAAAAAAUUAUUAAAGAAUAAAAUCUUGUGAGAAUUAUUUUUGUCCCGUACAAAGGUCAAAGACAAGAAAAAAUGUAUAAAAAAUGUGCAUUAAAUAAAGAAGAGUUUAUCUAAAAAUUUUACCGAAGAAAAAAA